GGCAGGCGCCCGCAGUUCCAUGGUUGCUUCGGAGCGCGAUGAGCCGCCCGUCCUCCACCGGCCCCAGCGCUAACAAACCCUGCAGCAAGCAGCCGCCGCCGCAGCCCCAGCACGCUCCGUCCCCGGCUGCGCCCCCGGCCGCCGCCACCAUCUCGGCUGCGGGCCCCGGCUCGUCCGCGGUGCCCGCCGCGGCGGCGGUAAUCUCGGGCCCCGGCGGUGGCGGCGGGGCUGGCCCUGUGUCCCCGCAGCACCACGAGCUGACCUCGCUUUUCGAGUGCCCGGUCUGCUUUGACUAUGUCCUGCCCCCCAUCCUGCAGUGCCAGGCCGGGCACCUGGUAUGUAACCAAUGCCGCCAGAAAUUGAGCUGCUGCCCGACGUGCAGGGGCGCCCUGACGCCCAGCAUCAGGAACUUGGCUAUGGAGAAGGUGGCCUCGGCAGUCCUGUUUCCCUGCAAGUACGCCACCACGGGCUGUUCCCUGACCCUGCACCACACGGAGAAGCCAGAACACGAAGACAUCUGUGAAUACCGCCCCUACUCCUGCCCUUGCCCCGGGGCCUCCUGCAAGUGGCAGGGGUCCCUGGAAGCCGUGAUGUCCCACCUCAUGCACGCGCACAAAAGCAUUACCACCCUCCAGGGAGAAGACAUCGUCUUCCUCGCCACGGACAUUAACCUGCCGGGGGCCGUCGACUGGGUCAUGAUGCAGUCCUGCUUCGGCCACCACUUCAUGCUGGUGCUGGAGAAGCAGGAGAAAUACGAGGGCCACCAGCAGUUCUUCGCCAUCGUGCUGCUCAUCGGCACCCGCAAGCAAGCCGAGAACUUUGCCUACAGACUGGAGCUGAACGGGAACCGGCGGAGACUGACCUGGGAGGCCACGCCCCGGUCCAUCCACGACGGUGUGGCGGCCGCCAUCAUGAACAGCGACUGCCUUGUUUUUGACACAGCCAUAGCGCAUCUGUUUGCGGAUAAUGGCAACCUUGGAAUCAAUGUGACCAUUUCUACGUGUUGUCCUUGAGGCGCCGCAAUUAUUCGGGCAGAGUGCUCUACGGGGAAUAAAGGUUUUUAUAGAUGUUCUAUUCACUGUGUCUUCACGGAUCAAGACCCACAGUUACCCCGUGUUCUGUUUGAACAAGCAGCUUCCCAUCUGGCAUCGGCCCAGCAGAGUUCAUUUAACAGGGAUGAAUGGGGUUGGCCUGUUAGUCAUCUGGAGUCUGUUCUGUGAUCUAAAAUCAACUUUAUCAUUAAAUUUUAUUUACUUCCUGAACAGCACUUGACAGGUUGCUCAGGGCCCCUGUAGACCAGUACGUUAGGAAUUGGAGGCUCCUUCCUGCCUGACUCCCUCUCUUGGUGCCUCCAAGUUGACAAAAGCACAGUGACUGUCAAUAGAUUCCUUAACUUUUAUCUUGUUUUUAGGGGGGGUAGGAAUUGUUUUAAUGCAUUUUAAUGCAUUGUUUCUCAAACUGGGUGGCUAACCAAUAGGCAUGGAUCACCUGCAGUACUCCUCGUAAACAUGCAGAUCUGGGGAGCCUGUGAAUUUAACAGUCUCAUCAGGUGAUUCUGCUCGACAAGGAAGUUUGAGAAUUACUGGGUUAAAUUGUGGAAAGGGUCCAGAUUUUAAAGGUGCUUUACGAUUGCCCUCUACUGAUACUGUUUUCUUUCUACUAUUUCAUGCCCCCACCACCUGCCACUCCCAAAUUAAAACCAGAAUUGCAGAUCCCCGUGAACACACUCCUGAGAUUUGGUCACUCUCUUGUGUUUGGGGUGAAUUGCCUAGGAAAGCGAAUCAUAUGACCAUUGAUAGGAGUCACAUAAUUAGUUUUUGCUCAUCGCCAGUACAGAUGACCUGUUUACAUGUGGCUUCCCUCGGAGGCCAUCCUUGACUGUAGAUGGUGGGAAAGAUGAGAUCAGUAGAGUUGGAAAAGCUUUACAAGUGUCAUAUGCUUGCUAUUUAAAGGUAUGUGUUGGAUUGUUGUUUUUUGCCACAUUCACUUUAGUUUUUUAAUAAAUAUUUUCCAAAAAUGAA